AAGAAAAGAAAAAAGAAAAAUCACUGUAUUUUUCUCAAAAAGGCAAAAAACAUAGAAGGAAAAAGCAUACUCGAUAAGGCUUAUCUAAAUCUCGAUCGAAGCUCUAACUUCAUCUGAAAUUUUGUCUGCAUGAUUUUGUGCGGGAGUCGUUUGAUUGGGGAUUGCUCUGUUUUUCUCUGUUUUAUUUUUGUCCAUUUUUGUAGGCGGAAUUUGAAAACUUUUGACCGUCGAUUCAGCCAAAACUGAUGAACUCUGAAUUCAGGCUAUGAAAUGAGAAGCGAUAGGGAGUUGAAGCAUCUUUACCGAGCAGGCUUACCUUCGAUUUUGAUCCGAUAGUUUUUUUGCGGUGGAAGGAGUAAUUCGAUGAAUAUUGAUGCUAACGUAGAAAAGAACUCGCUGAAUGAGGAGGAUGGGAUUGCAGAUAAAAUUGCGAGUGAGAGACGUAGUUUCAUUCAGGUUAAUGAGUUGAAGGUUGACUCAGUCAACCAAGCUGAGAAGCAUGGAUCAACUAGUGGAUUGCAAGCUCCGAGUAUUCUGCAAGUGCAGAAGCAACAACAGAAUCAGAGGACAUUAUUUUGCUGGGAGAGGUUUCUUCAUGUGAGAACCAUCCGGGUCCUUCUGGUGGAGGACGAUGAUUCGACGCGCCAUGUACUCACUGCUCUGCUCAGAAACUGCAACUAUGAAGUACUAGACGCAGCUAAUGGACUGCAAGCAUGGAAGAUUUUAGAAGAUCUAACCAACCACAUCGACAUUGUUUUAACGGAGGUGGUAAUGCCUUCUCUAUCUGGAAUAGGUCUUCUAUCCAAGAUAACGAGCCACACAGCACGCAAUAACAUUCCGGUGAUUAUGAUGUCAUCUCAUGAUUCAAUGGGUUUGGUCUUCAAGUGUCUCUCCAAAGGUGCAGUUGACUUCUUGGUUAAACCUAUAAGGAAGAAUGAGCUUAAGAACCUUUGGCAGCAUGUAUGGAGGAGAUGCCACAGCUCUAGUGGAAGCGGGAGCGUAAGUGGGACACAUCCUCAAAAGUCUGUGAAAUCUAAAUGUAGCGAGGGAUCAGGUAACAAUGCAAGCGAUGGUGGAGAAAAUGAUGCAAGCAAUGGCUUAAAUGUUGGAGAUGGAAGUGAUGAUGGGAGUGGAGCACAGAGCUCUUGGACAAAGCAAGCUGUAGAAGUUGACAGCUCUCAAGCUCUAUCUCCAGUGGAUCAAGUAGCUGAACGCGCAGACAGCACAUGUGCCCAAGUUAUUCGAUCAAAUGCCGAGCAAUCUGACUACAGAAAGGUGCAAGUUAGUGUAGUAGGGGAAGGCCAUGGACAGAAACAUCCUGACACUGUUGAAGAGGGCAAUUACUUGGAUACAAUUGUGAAUAGAGGUGUUGAACUUAAAUCGGAAGAUCAUGUGGAGGGACAAGCCAAUCCCUCUGGUAGAGAAUCCGAGUGUACUAGAGAAGUGGUGGCAUACAAGUUGGACCUCAACAAUAAUGCUAGUGAUGAUUGUAACGAGCCAAACCUUGAGCUUUGCUUAAAGAGAAUCAGAGGAGUUCAGGACACAGGGAGAUCUGUUCUAGACGAUAGUUAUGUGUUGCGCCGUUCUGAACAAUCAGCUUUCUCAAGGUACAACACCUCCAUAAAUAUUUCCAGAGCUCCUAAUGGAGUCAACAUCAGCAAUUCCGUACUUGACAAUAGCAUGGACGUGCCGAAAAGGGAGUCUGUUGGUGACAUGCAGGUGUAUUCGACUGACCAUAUUGUACACCAAAGUUCUAAUGUAGAUAUGGGCUCCACCGCUAAUAAGCUUCCUAAAGAUAAAUCUGAAGCUACAUCGACAACUAACGAUGUCCACCCUUCUGCUUUUAGAUCUAUAAAAAAGGACUUUAGAUACAGUAAAAAUCAGGACAUUCCUCUGCCUAGUGGAAUGCAAUCUACAGACUUAUGUCAAAUUAACCAAAAUUAUCACCACCACCACUACAAUUUCCACAUUGAAAAUCAACCUUCGUCCAACUAUGAUGAAUCGUCCUUAAAGAAAUUGGCUGUAGAUGCUCCACAUUGUGGAUCAACAAAUGUUUUUGGUGGAAGUGCCUCAGGGAGUAAUCAUGAAAGUAACGGACAGAACGGAAGCAGCACCGUCAUUAAUGUAGGGAACAAUGCAGAAAGUGGUGUUGGUCAAGCUGGAAAAAGUGGAAGUGGAGAUGCUAGCGACAGUGGUAGUGGAAAUAAAGCAGAUGCUAGCGGCAGUGGUAGUGGUAAUGGAGACAAAUUCGCACAGCGAGCAGCUGCUUUAAUCAAGUUUCGCCUGAAGAGGAAGGAAAGAUGCUUUAAGAAAAAGGUACGAUAUCAGAACAGAAAGAAAUUAGCAGAACAGAGGCCCCGUGUUCGAGGACAAUUCGUAAAGCAAACAGGGACUGAAAGUUCAGGCAAAACUGGAGACGAGUAAUCCGACUCUUCUACUAAUAGCCCUCAUCUUUUCUCUAUUGAAUUAGACAACUGUUAAUGCAGACGGAGUAAGGUCCGAACGUUCUCGUGGUUUAUAUUAUGGUAAUUGUUAAAUUUUAUCUUCGGUGUUAGCGUACAACGAACGUUUAUAACACGAAACAUAAUAGUCUUAGUUUCGAAAAGUUUGCGUCUGAAAUUAAUGUAACUAUACUGAUCAUGUUGUGAUGUAUGAUAAAUGUGUUUUCCAAUC